UUAUUGAGCGCCAGUGUACGCUGUGUUGCACGCCCCUUCCGUGUUGCAUGGCAAGUCAGCCAUCCAAGGCUCGCACAUUUCGUGAAGUUUCCCAACAUAUGUGACCACUUGGAGGCUUGUUUCAGGACAUCUACGGGAGAGUUGACAUCCACCAGACAAGCUGUUCUCCAUAUAAAGUCGUCUCCUCUCCAUCCAAGAUGACGGGCGAUCUGAUGCCGCAGCUGAACCUGACAGGUGAGCAGGUGCGGGACAUGUUUAUUAAGUACUUUGAGGAGAAGCAUGAUCACCUGGAGGUCCACUCCUCCUCCACCAUCCCGCUGGACGACCCCACCCUGCUGUUCGCUAACGCCGGGAUGAACCAGUUCAAGCCCAUAUUCCAGGGCACGGUGGACCCCAGCCACCCCAUGGCCAAGUACCGCAGGGUCGUGAACUCGCAGAAGUGCAUCCGCGCCGGCGGCAAGCACAACGACCUUGACGAUGUGGGCAAGGACGUCUACCACCACACGUUCUUCGAGAUGCUGGGAAACUGGUCCUUUGGGGACUACUUCAAGAAAGAGGCGUGUUCGUGGGCCUGGGACCUGUUGGUGAACGGGUACAAGCUGGAGGUGGAGCGCAUGUACGUGACGUACUUCGGCGGGAACGAGGCGCAGGGUCUCCAGCCCGACCUCGAGUGCCGCCAGAUCUGGCUGGACCUGGGGGUUGCUGAAGACAGGAUUCUCCCCGGCAGUAUGAAGGAUAACUUCUGGGAGAUGGGCGAGGUCGGGCCGUGCGGACCGUGCUCCGAGAUCCACUACGACCGCGUGGGCGGGCGCAACGCCUCGCACCUGGUCAACAUGGACGUGCCCGAGGUGCUGGAGAUCUGGAACCUCGUCUUCAUGCAGAAUAACAGAGAGCCUGACGGAAGCAUCACCAACUUGCCCAAGAAGAACAUCGACUGUGGGAUGGGCCUGGAGCGGAUCCUGUCCGUGGUGCAGGGUGUGCUGUCCAACUACGACACCGACCUCUUCACACCCUUCUUCGACGCAAUACAGAAGGCCACGGGAGUCCGGCCGUACACUGGGAAGGUUGGGGCAGAUGACGCUGACGGCAUCGACAUGGCGUACCGAGUUCUCGCCGACCACGCCCGCACACUCACCAUCUCCAUGUCUGAUGGAGGGAAGCCUGACAACGUGGGCAGGGGUUACGUGCUGAGGCGUAUCCUGCGGCGAGGCGUGCGCUACGCGACAGAGAAGCUGAAUGCUCCGCGGGGGUUCUUCGCUUCCCUGGUGGACGUGGCUGUGCAAACACUGGGCAGUGCCUUCCCAGAAAUCACCAAGGACCCUCAGAUGGUCAAGGACAUCAUCAACGAGGAGGAGGAGCAGUUCCUUAAGACGCUGUCGCGAGGACGGAGAGUUCUGGAGAAGAGAAUAACCCAGCUGGGAGAUUCCAAAGUCGUGCCAGGAGAGACUGCCUGGCUGUUAUACGACACCUACGGUUUCCCGGUGGAGAAAGACUGGAAACAGGCUCAGAUCCGUUCCCAGGGGAAAGGCGCGGGCGUUGACGACAGCGUUAACCUGGACGUGCACGCCAUUAACGAACUGCAGGAGAAAGGGUCACCACCCACCGACGACUCACCAAAGUACCAGUACAGCCAUGACGAUAACGGGAACUAUGUGUUCCAGCCCUGCACUGCGACCGUCGUCUCACUACGGAGAGACAAGCAGUUCGUACAGGAGGUCACCCAAGGUCAGGAGUGCGGCGUUCUGCUGGACCGUACCAACUUCUACGCAGAGCAGGGGGGACAGAUUUACGACGAGGGUUACCUGGUGAAGGAGGAGGAUGAGGAAACAGAGUUUACAGUGAAGAACUGCCAGGUGCGGGGGGGCUACGUCAUGCACAUCGGCACGCUGGUCGGAACUCUCAAGGUCGGGGACAAGGUCAAACUCUUUGUUGACGAGGCCAGGAGAAGGCCCAUCAUGAGUAACCACACCUCCACCCAUGUGCUGAACUUCGCACUGAGACAAGUCCUCGGAGAGGCUGACCAGCGCGGCUCACUGGUGGCGCCUGACAGACUCAGGUUCGACUUCUCAGCUAAGGGUGCCAUGACGACCGCCCAGAUUAAGGAAGCGGAGAAAAUCUGUAACGAGAUCAUCAAGAAGAACGAGCAGGUUUACGCUAAGGAGGCGGCGCUGGCCCAGGCCAAGGCUAUCCAGGGGCUCAGGGCUGUGUUUGAUGAGACCUACCCUGACCCAGUGCGAGUGUUGUCCAUUGGCAUCUCCGUGGAGGACAUGCUGUCAGACCCUACCAGCCCUGCUGGCACUGUCACGUCUGUGGAGUUCUGUGGUGGAACCCAUUUGCAGCGUGUGGGUCAUGCAUGUGACCUUGUGAUUGUGACAGAGGAGGCAAUCGCCAAGGGCAUCCGGCGUAUCGUGGCUCUGACCGGACAUCCGGCCCAGCAGGCCCUGAGGAAGGCCCGGCAGCUGCAGGCAGAGCUGGAGGAUAUCAGGCGGAGGACGGAGGACAACGUGGCCAUGAACAACGUUUCCGUCAGGCAGGAGAUCACCAAGCUCAUCGUGGAGCUGCUCGAGCGUAUCGCGGCAGCAGUCGUCCCCCAGUGGCAGAAGGACGAGAUGCGGGAGGGGCUGAACGCCCUGAAGAAGAAAAUCAUCGACCUUGAGAAGGCUGCCAAGGCCGACAUUGUCAAGACAGUUGUCGAGGCGACCAGACAGGAAGUAGAGGCCGCGCCCAACCAGCCGCUGGUGAUCAAGCGACUCGAGGCCGGAGCCGACCUGAAGGCGCUGAACGAAGCCGUGAAGAUCUACAAGUCCAAAUCUCCGCAGACGGCGGCCAUGUUGUUCUCUGCUGACAGCGAGGCUGGCAAGGUCGUGUUGCAGUGUUGGGUGCCCAAGGAGGUGGUUACGAAGGGCCUGAAGGCGGGUGAUUGGGUGAACCAUGUGAAAGACGUCCUCGCUGCCCGUGGUGGCGGGAAGGACAACACCGCCCAGGCUUCCGGAACUAAUGUCGACGCUCUUACACAAGCCGUUACCAUGGCUACGGACUUUGCCAACCUCAAACUCAGCAACUAAGCACCCCAAGGAAAGAGUAUGCUGGCUACUAUUGGAAUAUACCACCAGCGAAAGGGGUCGGAGUUGAAAAAUUGUCUGCACAAAUUUUCAGCCAUGCAAUCUAUGCCUAAUAUUUUAAGUCCAAAAGGAAGAAAGGAUAGUGUCGAUGUAAGAAUGAUUUGAACCACUUGGGCUGAGCUAUGCUAUAUCUUUAGCUAUUAAGAUGAUAUUUGAAGAACGGCAAUGAAGGUUGGAUAUCUAGGUAAUAAGAUAC